UCUCUCUCUCUCUCUCUCUCUCUGAGCUAGGGUUUUUGGGGGGAGGGGGUCUCGGCGAUGCUGCGAUCGGUUUUGCUACUAGUAUGAGAAGAUUAGGGUUAGGGCGAGAUCGCGAUGGGUUCGGGAGCGGGGAAGAAGCCGGAUCUCCAUAAGCCGAAGCAGCAGCGAUCGGCUUCCUGCGGCUGCGCGCAGCGGAAGGGGCGCUCCGUGCUGUGCGGGUCGAUGCUCUUCGCCCUCGGCCUCGUCUCCCUCCUCACCGGCCAGAUCGCCGCCGACCUCGAGUGGUCCCGUUUCCGCGGCCUCUGGCGACCCAAGCGGAUUAGUCAUUAUGAACCGAUUGAUAUAUGGAAGUCAAAAUACUCAAAUUUCUACUAUGGUUGCAGCGACAGAGGCCCUAAUUUUAGUUCUGCGGUGCAUGAAAACAGAUCUAAUGGCUAUUUACUCAUUGCAACUAGUGGAGGGUUAAACCAACAAAGGACAGGGAUAACAGAUGCCGUUGUUGUCGCCCGGAUUUUGAAUGCAGUGUUGGUCGUUCCUGAGCUGGAUCAUCAUUCAUUUUGGAAAGAUGAUAGUGACUUUGCCGACAUUUUUGAUGUUGACUGGUUCAUUUCCUCCCUCUCGAAAGAUGUUACUAUUCUUAAAAGGAUUCCGGAUAAAGUAAUGCGGUCGAUGGAGAAACCACCAUAUACUAUGCGGCCUCCGAGGAAAUCCAUGCCUGAUUAUUAUAUCGACCAAGUGCUGCCGAUACUCCUUCGAAGACGUGCAGUGCAGUUGACGAAGUUUGAUUACAGGCUUGCAAACAGACUUGAUGAUGAUCUGCAAAAGCUACGGUGCCAUGUGAAUUUUCAUGCUCUGAGGUUUACGAAUUCAAUACAAAGUUUAGGUCAAAAAUUGGUCCAGGCAAUGAGAAAAAUGAGUUCAAGGUACAUCGCGAUUCAUUUGAGGUUCGAACCAGACAUGCUUGCAUUUUCUGGUUGUUACUAUGGUGGAGGUGAAAAAGAGCGCACUGAACUGGGUGAAAUUAGGAAGCGUUGGGCAACACUACCUGAUUUGAGGUCCGAGGAUGAACGAAGUCGAGGAAAAUGUCCAUUAACUCCGCACGAAGUUGGUUUAAUGCUAAGGGCUCUAGGCUUUGCAAAUGAUACAUAUGUCUAUGUUGCAUCUGGAGAAAUAUAUGGUGGAGAGAAGUCUCUCCAACCCCUUAGGGACCUGUUUCCAAAUUUUUAUACGAAGGAGGUGCUCGCUGGAAAUGAUCUAGAGCCGUUUCUUCCUUUCUCUUCUCGUCUUGCUGCCAUUGACUACAUUGUUUGUGAUGAGAGUGAUGUCUUCGUUGCGAAUAAUAAUGGAAACAUGGCCAAGAUUCUAGCUGGUCGCAGGAGGUACAUGGGGCACAAAAGAACAAUUCGGCCAAAUGCAAAGAAGCUCAGCUCGAUAUUUAAAGCGCGGAAUUCGAUGGACUGGGAAACGUUCUCGAGAAGGGUGAAGGCGGCAGAGAGGGGCUUUAUGGGGGAGCCAUACGAGAUGAGACCAGGCCGAGGUGACUUGCAUGAGUACCCCUCUCCUUGCAUUUGCCAAAGACCGGCUCCGUAAUAAAGAGCAUGAAUCGGGGUGAGAGAAUUGGAAAAGGCAAAAGCGCAGGAAUGUAAUUUUCACCGCUGAGAGUCCUCAACUACUAGAGAACGCGGGCAGCGGAAGUCGAGGAGGUAGUCAGAAUGGCUUAUUGCACAAGCUGAAGAUAUUUCAAGAGAAACAAGGAAAAAUUUGUGGCUUGGUGAAGUGACAGAUGAAGGACAAAAUGGCAUGGAUGGAUCAAUAUUUAAUUUAUCUGUGAAGAUUGAAGUGUGUGAUUGCUAGAGUACUUGCUGCUCACAGCCAUUGUAAGCCAAAUUUGGUUAAAAAGCUUUUUUUUUUGUGUAGGUUGUAAUUUUUGGAUCUAAUCGUAGCUCAGGUUGAGUGCAUGCUGAUGUAGAACUAGAGAAAUUUUGAGAUGUGCAGAAGAAAAAGCUGGAUGGUGAAUUUAUUUUGUAGCCUCUUUUGACAAUGAUUUACUAACAUAACAGAAGCUUAUUUGUUAAUCAAA